GAUCCAAACGAAGACACAGAAUGGAAUGAAAUUUUAAGAGAUUUUGGCAUUCUUCCUCCAAAAGAAGAACCGGAAGAUGAAACCGAAGAAAUGGUUUCGCAUUCACAGAAGGAAGCCAUGGUUAAACCAUAUGAGAAGAUGAAUCUUGCACAGUUGAAAGAAGCUGAAGAUGAAUUUGAUGAAGAAGAUAUAAAAGCUAUUGAAACGUAUAGAGAAAAACGAUUACAGGAAUGGAAAGCACUUAGGAAGAAACAAAAAUUUGGGGAACUGAGAGAAAUUUCUGGAAAUCAGUAUGUGAAUGAAGUCACAAAUGCAGAAAAAGAUUUGUGGGUUAUAAUUCAUCUAUACAGAUCAAGUGUCCCAAUGUGCUUGUUGGUUAACCAGCAUCUUAGUCUCAUAGCAAGAAAGUUUCCAGAAACUAAAUUUGUUAAAGCCAUCGUGAAUAGCUGCAUUCAACACUACCAUGACAAUUGUUUACCAACAAUUUUUGUUUAUAAAAAUGGUCAGAUAGAAGGCAAAUUCAUUGGAAUUAUAGAAUGUGGAGGGUUAAAUCUCAAGCUAGAAGAACUUGAAUGGAAGCUAUCCAAAGUUGGUGCAAUACAGACCGACUUGGAAGAAAACCCCAAAAAAGGCAUUGCAGAUAUGAUGGCAUCUUCAAUUAGAAACAUCUCCAUUUAUGACAGUGACAGCUCCAACAGUGACAAUGAUGGCAAGUAGGACUAGUUAAUAAACAACUUUACAGUGU